UUCGAUUAACAAUUCCGCCAAUGAGUUCAUCCAACUCUGAAAACGGCUGCGUUUCCCAUACCGGUCAGAACGGAGCCGUCUCCAUACAAGGGUCCCACGUCGCCUCGUCGGAAUCCACCCUUGGCCGCCACCUCGCACGGCGUCUAGUAGAGAUCGGCAUCAGCGACGUUUUCACCGUUCCCGGAGACUUCAAUCUCACCCUCCUCGACCACCUCAUCGCUGAACCAAAGCUUAAAAACAUCGGUUGCUGCAACGAGCUCAACGCAGGAUAUGCCGCUGAUGGGUACGCUAGGUAUCGCGGCCUUGGCGCUUGUGUGGUCACAUUCACCGUUGGCGGCCUCAGCAUACUGAACGCCAUCGCCGGCGCAUACAGCGAGAAUCUUCCGGUGAUUUGUAUAGUCGGUGGACCGAAUACGAACGAUUACGGCACCAAUCGGAUUCUGCAUCACACGAUAGGCUUGCCCGAUUUUAGCCAAGAGCUCCGAUGUUUCCAGACUGUAACUUGUUAUCAAGCAGUUGUGAACAAUAUUGAAGAUGCCCAUGAGCAAAUUGACACGGCCAUUUCAACCGCUCUUAAAGAAAGCAAACCAGUCUAUAUUAGCAUCAGCUGCAAUUUGCCUUCCAUCCCUCACCCAUCUUUCAGCAGAAUCCCCAUUCCGUUUGCCAUCACGCCCCGAUUGAGCAACGCUCAAGGGCUUGAAGCGGCAGUCGAGGCGGCCGUGGCUUUUCUAGACAAGGCGGUCAAGCCAGUGUUAGUCGGAGGGCCUAAGCUCCGUGUGGCCAAGGCCUGCGAAGCAUUAGUCGAGCUAGCAGAUGCAUCAGGCUAUGCAUUAGCCGUGAUGCCAUCAGCCAAAGGACUUGUCCCCGAGACCCAUCCCCAUUUCAUCGGCACUUACUGGGGAGCGGUGGGUACCGCCUUCUGCGGCGAGAUAGUGGAGUCAGCGGACGCUUACAUCUUCGUAGGACCCAUCUUCAACGACUACAGCUCAGUCGGAUACUCCCUCCUUCUCCGGAAGGAGAAGGCGAUCAUCGUGCAGCCCGAUCGUGUGGUGAUCAGCAACGGCCACGCGUUCGGCUGCAUUCGCAUGACAGAUUUCUUAACAGCACUGGCCAAAAGGGUUACAAAGAACACCACGGCUUACGAGAACUAUAAAAGAAUCUUCGUUCAAGAUGGAGUUCCAUUAAAAUGUGAAGAAGGGGAGCCAUUAAGGGUGAAUGUGAUGUUUCAGCACAUACAGAAGAUGCUUUCUGGUGAUAGUGCUGUGAUUGCCGAGACUGGAGAUUCGUGGUUUAACUGCCAGAAACUAAAGUUACCAGAAGGAUGUGGGUACCAGUUUCAAAUGCAGUAUGGAUCCAUUGGUUGGUCAGUUGGAGCCACCCUGGGUUACGCGCAGGCAGCACAAGAGAAGAGAGUAAUCGCUUGCAUAGGAGAUGGCAGUUUUCAAGUGACUGCCCAGGAUAUUUCGACUAUGAUAAGAUGCGAGCAAAAAACCAUUAUUUUCUUGAUAAACAAUGGCGGGUACACCAUUGAAGUUGAAAUCCAUGAUGGCCCAUAUAAUGUUAUCAAGAAUUGGAACUACACUGCGUUAGUAGAUGCUAUUCAUAACGAAGAGGGUAAUUGCUGGACUGCAAAGGUGCGUACUGAGGAAGAACUGGUGGAAUCAAUUGCUAUGGCGACAGGGGAAAAACGGGACUGUCUUUGUUUCAUUGAAGUUAUUGUUCAUAAGGAUGACACAAGCAAGGAGCUAUUGGAAUGGGGAUCACGAGUUUGUAAUGCAAAUAGUCGUCCUCCAAAUCCUCAGUAAAAAAAAAAUUAUAUGAACAAAUUUACAGACCCAAUUUUGUUAACACCAUUACAACUUACAAGUAUCUUGUUUAGAAUAAGGUUGGUGCGAAGUGAUUUUUUAGUCCUUUUUCACUCAUGAAGUAGAAGAAUAACAAAAUUUUCUAACAAUAAUAUACUUUUAACAUUA